CAUCAAUGGCGACCGACUCGGAGGGUGAUUUUUCUGACGAGCUGCUGGAACUCGCUGGUGCAUCGGAAAAGAAGCGAAAGCGACGUCAGACGAAGAGUUCUAGAUCGAAACGACGCAAGCCAGAUGUUGCACUUGAUACAUCUGAAGAUGAACCAGAAAGCGAAGAAGAGAUCGAGGAUCUCAAUCCCUAUCCAUUUGACGGGAAGUAUAUCGAUGAGGCUGACCGUCAGAAUCUAUUAAGCAUGCCAGAAAUUGAGCGCGAGGAGGUUCUUGCUCAGCGCCUUGAAGAGAUGCAGAGGAUACAAGACAAGCGGAAUCUCAUCCAAAUGCUCAAAGCACAGAAGUCUGGUGACGGGGAUACUGUGUCCAAAGCCGCAAAACGGCAUCAUGCCGUCCGAGGCGCCACGAAAGAAAAGUCAUCAAAGUUGGAUGAGUUGAAAGCGAAGCGGAAAGCGAAAGAUGAGAAGAAACGUUUCCACAUGUCCCCAAAACGCGAACAUUCAGCGUCCUCGAUGGAAAUGGAGACGGAUUCUGCAGAAGAAGAGGAUGGCCAAAUCAGCAAGUUAGAGGAAGAGGAAGAGAAAGAGAGGAAACUCCUGAACAGGGCUCAUCCAGAUGAAGAUCGUGUGACAUUGCAAGAUCUUGAGAAGGUUCGAUUAUCUCGCGACAUGCUCGCAAAACACUACUUGUCGCCAUGGUUUGAAGAAUAUGUCAAAGGUGCAUGGGUACGGUACCUCAUUGGUGUUGAUGACGGACAGCCAGUAUAUCGCAUAUGCGAGAUACAAAGCUUAUCCAUCGAUUCCAUCAAACCAUACAAGAUAAAUGAACAGAUUGCCAAUCAAACUGUCGACCUCAAACAUGGCCAGUCCUUGAGAGCAUUUCCUAUGGACAAAGUCUCCAAUGCCAUGUUCACACAGCGAGAGUUUGACCGCUUGAUGAUGGUCUAUGAGCAUGACCGCCUCAAGAUGCCUGGAAAGCGACAGAUUGAGAAAAAGAAUGCGCAGCUCAUCAAGUUGGUCAGCCAGCCACUAACAGAGAGCGACAUAACGGCGAUGCUUGCUCGCAAAAGCCAAAUACAAAACCACAAACAGUCCGGAGUAUCUUUUACGAUGGAGAAAUCACGGCUAAUUCAAGCUCGGACGCUUGCCCUGAGGCGAAACGACAGAGCGGAGGUCGGAAAUAUCGAUGUACAGCUGAGAGAGUUGGCUGAUCGCGCUGCCGUGCAUAAUGGCCAGACGGGGCCAGAGGACGAGCCCGACGAUAUUUUAGCAAAGGUAAAUGAACGCAACCGAAAAGCUAAUAUGGAGGCUGUGCGGAAAGCGGAGCUCUUGGAGGCUGAACGCAAGCGGAAAGAGCGGAAGUUGGCCCGGAGCGGGGCUGGGACGCCUGUGCCUGCGGAUCCAAGUGCUCGACUUCGAACCGUCCCGCGGAUGUAUGCUUCCAGGCCAAGCACACCUCAUGCAAACGGAACGCCUUCCCUUGGUGCCCGAGCUGCCACUUCGGGCUCUGUGUCUCCUCUACCUCCCUCUACUCUAUCGAGCGGUGUGAGCGUAUCUAAGGGUACGCCGAAGAAAGACUUCGAGUCGCAAGUCUUGGAGUCAAUAGAACUUGACCUCAGGGAUUUCUGAUUUCUGUCUUGUCGUUGUUAUACUAUGACAUCUCGUACUUAUAGCUUGGCUCCAUCUUCAAGCUGUCCAAAGUUUCGGCUCCCUUUGGGCUACAUGCUGCAAUGUACAUAUAUAUUUGGAAUUACCCGUCUCCUGCUCUAUCUCACCACGACGCGUGGACGAUACGGAAUAAUGACGUUGGCGCCGUUCUCGCCGAGUAACUGGU